GACAUAGUGCCAAGGCUAGCGGUUCCCCAGGGACCAAAACACAGGGACCGUCGAGGGGAAACUACAAGUCCCAGGAUGCAACAGAUAAACAGUGUAGAAAGAUAGCUGCUUUCGGGAAAAGAGAGAAUGGGCAGACGGUAGUCGCCGGUUGUUUAGUGCAGUUUUCUUCUUAUUUCUUUGUUUCUUUGACGAACUCGUGUUUUAACAUUGAAUUUAGACAGGUUUAUGCUCAGCAUGGGGGACAUCUCCGGGGAAGGGAGCUGUACUAUAAAACAUGAACUGACAAGUGCCGGCCGAUUCAGUCUGUAAACAACAGAGUUUGUGUGGAUCGACGAGUCUCGUAACUCGUUUGUUGCACAAUUUAGUAGUAAGCUGAAAAAAAAAGAAUCUCUGUUUACGUUGUUGCGAACACCAAUGAGAGAGGGAGAGGGGAAAAAAAGGAUCUUUGCCAAUCGUUCUUUUGGCAGCAGGUGUAUUGCAAUGCAUUCCAGAGUCAGAUGACAGCAGACUACAACGAAAGGACUCCAAACAAAUCAUCUAAUCUCACUGGACACAGAGAAAGAGUUGGAUUAGAAAACUUUGAGCUACUGAAAGUUCUGGGAACAGGAGCAUAUGGGAAAGUUUUCCUGGUUAGAAAAAUUACUGGUCAUGAUGCAAACAAACUCUAUGCAAUGAAAGUGCUUAAGAAGGCUUCCAUUGUACAAAAAGCAAAAACAACUGAGCACAUCAAGACAGAACGGCAAGUGUUAGAACAUAUUCGACAGUCUCCUUUUCUGGUCACGUUGCACUAUGCCUUCCAAACCGACACCAAGCUUCAUCUUAUACUAGAUUAUGUGAAUGGUGGUGAGUUGUUUACACAUCUAUACCAAAGGGAACACUUCACAGAAGAAGACGUUCAAAUCUAUGCAGGAGAGAUUGUGUUAGCACUAGAACACCUUCAUCAGCUUGGCAUCAUAUAUCGAGACAUCAAGCUGGAAAAUAUUUUAUUGGAUGGUGAUGGUCAUAUCGUUUUGACAGACUUUGGACUCAGCAAGGAAUUUGUCACUUUUGAGGAUGAAAGAACAUAUUCAUUCUGUGGUACCAUUGAAUAUAUGGCACCAGAGAUUGUUCAAGGAGGAAGUAGUGGCCAUGAUAAGGCAGUUGAUUGGUGGAGCCUUGGGGUCCUUGUGUAUGAACUGCUGACCGGAGCUUCGCCUUUCACCGUGGAUGGUGCAAAAAAUUCUCAAUCAGAAAUCUCAAGGCGAAUCUUAAAAAACGAUCCUCCAUUUCCUUUGGAAAUUCAGCCCACUGCCAAGGAUCUAGUACAGAAACUGUUGGUGAAAGAUCCUAAACAAAGACUUGGGUCAGGGCUAACAGGAGCUGCAGAGAUCAAGUCUCAUUCAUUUUUCCAGGGCCUAAAUUGGAGAGAUUUAGCAACCAAGGCAAUCAAACCUCCCAUCAAACCAGUAAUCCAAAAUGAACUUGAUGUCAGCAACUUUGCAGAGGAGUUUACAAGAAUGGAUCCAGCCUAUUCUCCUGCUGCUCUUCCUCAACAUACAGAUUUAUUUAAGGGUUACUCAUUUGUUGCACCUUCUAUACUGUUUAAUCGAAAUGCCAUAAUGAAUCAUACGUGCAUCUAUGAUCUGCAGAUGGCCAUGGAUCGACCAGACAAUAACACUGUUGCACGUAGUGCUAUGUCAAAGGAUUCCCUCUUUUACCAGAAUUAUGAAUUGAACAUGAAAGAGAAGCCACUCGGUGAAGGAAGUUUUUCUGUUUGUCAAAAGUGUCAACAUAAAAGGACUGGACAGGAAUACUGUGUCAAAAUAGUCAGCAGACGAAUGGAAGCCUGUACACAUCGGGAAAUUGCAGCACUAAAGCUUUUAGGGGCACAUCCUAACAUUGUUGAACUACGUGAAGUUUACCAUGAUCAGUUACAUACAUAUUUGGUUUUGGAGUUGUUAAAAGGAGGUGACCUACUGGAACGUAUUAAAAAAAGGAAGCACUUUAGUGAAUCUGAUACAAGAAGAAUUAUGAACAUGCUUGUUUCUGCAGUUCGUUAUAUGCACAAUUGUGGAAUUGUGCACAGAGAUUUAAAACCGGAGAAUAUCUUGUUUACUGAUCAGAAUGAUGAUGCAGUGAUCAAAAUAGUAGAUUUUGGGUUUGCAAGAGUUAAGCCUUCUGACAGCCAGCCAUUGAAAACUCCGUGUUUCACUUUGCAAUAUGCAGCUCCCGAAAUUUUCAAGCAAAAUGGUUAUGAUGAGUCUUGUGACCUGUGGAGUAUUGGAGUAAUAUUAUAUACAAUGUUGUCUGGACUGAUUCCUUUCCAAAAUAUGCAGCGAACUGUGAUAUCGAGUAUUGAUGAAAAAACAAGAACAACAAAAGAGGGAAACUACUCGCUUGCUGGAGAAGUCUGGAACAAUGUUUCUCAAGAAGCUAAAGAGCUGGUGCAAGGUUUACUUACUGUGGAUCCAAACUCUCGUCUGAAGUUAUCUAGCUCAAGAUUCAACAACUGGUUUCAAAAUAGCCAUUGCUUGUCCUCUAAUCCAUUGAUGUCUCCAAAUAUUCUUGAAUCUUCCACAAACAGUUACUUCAAAGCUUCUUUUAUGGCUGUUAAUAAGUGCAAGAGAGAAGGAUUUUUCCUCCAAAGUGUUGAAAACGCUCCUUUGGCAAAGAGACGAAAGAUGAAGAAAAGUAGCACAAGUACAGAGACUCGGAGCAGUUCUAGUGAAAGCUCAAUUUCUUCUUCAUCUCAGUCUCAUGGCAGAACAUCUCCCAUAUGUAUCGUCCAAGUUCCUCUACCAGCAAAAACAUCUGCAAGUGUCUUUCAAUUUUCUGAAACUUUAAGCAGUAGUUUCAAUGAUGCUUCAAUCUAGCUAUUAUAAUAGUAAUUUUCAAUAUUUAAUUGCCUUUUAAGAUUGAUUGGCAGCUGUACUUUUGGUCACCCAGGUGCCAAACUGUGGAAUCUUUCUCUAAAACCCUUUGGUACUCCAACUUUUCCUCCUGUCUGCCCCCUUUCCCAUCCACUCAAUCCCACUUACUCUUCAUUGAUGGCCUUCCAAUUCUAUUGAAUGGUGGAGCAGGUUCAAGGAACUGAAUGGUUUACUCCUGCUCCUAAUUUUUGUGUUCUUUAAACUCACCUCUUCCACCAAGCUUUUUGUCACCUUUCCUAGUCUUUUCUCCUUUAGUCAGUUUUAGCAAAACUUCCCUUGGACCUCCUGAAGCACAAAAAAUGCAAGUCAAUAAUUGCAUCUUGUAAAAAGAGCUCAAAAGGCAACUUUGUUAUAAAAGUGUGAGUAUUUUACAGAAAAGCAUUCUUGUAUAUUACCAAACAAUGAAGCUUGUUCUCUGAUGCAAAGAGAAGCAGCUUUAGAGUGCAAAUUUGAAUAACCAUGUGGCUUAGAGUUGAAAAUUUAACAGCUUAAUGGUGAAAUAAUGAUGAUUUUAAGGGUGUGUUUCUGUUGUGAAGGUGAAUUGUCUCAUACUUAGACGUAGCUAUGAUUCUGGUUUUGUUUCGGUGCAGCAUCUAUUUACUGUUCAACCUUGGUAGAGAAUUUUCAUGUUUGAUUUCUAGUAAGAAUGGGCUAAAGAUAUAGAAAGAAAUGUUUUACAAACAACUUGGGUGGCAUGGUCAUCUUAACUUUUUGGGGUUCUUGAGAAAGAAUAAGCAAUUAGAGCGCUAACCACUGACAGAUAAUUAGAGGAGGAUUAGGCGGAGUAGAUGGGCAUUAGCAGUAAGAAUUGUUGGGGGAUAGGGAGAGUUAUUGUGAACUGUGAGUGUGUUAAAUGUGCUUGAUGUGUAUUUUGUAAUUUUGUAAAAAAUAUCAUCAAUAGGGUGCUUCAAAAGCUGUUACUUUAGAAUCUCGAAUCAUUGAAAAUAUCGCAGCCCGAUCGUGGAAAACUAAGCAACCUGACUCCUGACAAAUUGCAAUUUUGUAGGACUAUGAUAAUGCUUUAAAUGGAUCUUCUGGAAUAGAGGAAAAAGCAGCAAUCAUAAGAAACACAGCAAUGGUGGCACAGAGAUAUUACAUUUUGCAAACAGAUUUCUUGGAACAAGCAUGCAUUUAAUGGCAGUUUAUUUUCUUAUGUUUUAGGUUUGUUAUUCUUUGCAAUAAUGUUGCUGUAAAGAUAGAUGGGCGUUAUUGGGCUGGGAACAGGUGAAUUAUCUCAGGGGCCUGGAAUCAUUGAGGGCCAAAGAUGUGUCAUACAGUUCUGACUGGAAGAACUUUGUGUGUUAAUGUUCUUGAAUUCCAGAAACAGUGCAUGAAGUACGAACUGAGAGGGAGUUGUGUAUUUUUGUAGUGGUAUUAUAUGAAAUAUAAUUGGCUUCAGAAUGAUCUGUAGGUAGACUUUUUAAAAGCAAGUAUGAGUGAAUUCCUUCUGGUGUUCUUUGGGAAUUUGGGAAUCACAGCCAUCAUGGGCUUCAGCACUAAGCUGAAGAAACACAGCCCAUGGAAAGUAGUUUGUUGUGAAGAGGGUGCAAAAAUGAAGGCAGAUGAAAAUAGGUAGACCUCAUAGAAAAAAAAUUAUUGAACAUGUUUCCAACAGAUGUUGGGUGUUUUCCUGGGAAAAGUGAAAACAUUUUGAUUAUUUUGUUCUGUUAUUAAUAGGUUGUCUUAUGGUACAACGUCUGUUACGUCUGUACGUCUAGGUCAAAAGGUCAAUUUAGAGUCCCGUGGCAGGAACUUUUUGGCAAUGGAAAGUAUGUUUGUAAAGUGGCCAAACAGAUUGACUAUCAGCCUGUAAGUCCUUCUGUAUGUCUGAUGGCAGAUGGCAAGAGUGGGAGAGACUUUUGGUCAACCAUCAUACAGAAGGCAAUGGGAAACUACAGCAAUACUUUGCCCAUAGCAGUGAUUUCAUCAAAUUGAAGUCCUUGAUCCAACACAUUGAACUAGACUGGGAGAAAAAACAAAGAGAUGUAAUUAAAUCUCCAGUCAUAAAUUUUAUUAUUCAGGUUUAUUCAGUUGGUGACUCAGGCAAUAUUGUAGCUGUAAAAUGCAUAAGUAAUUGUUUCAGAAAUUUUUUUUGCAGUACUUCAUUUAUGCAUAUAGUUUGUUAAAAAUCUGAAGGAACUAAAUGCUCUUAUUGUCCCUGUUUACUCUAUCAUAUUGUUACCUUGUACUACUUUGAAUUCAAUCACAUUUACUUGGUAACUCAAAACAAACUUCUUAUAAUUGCCUGAAAUAAUAACUUAACAGAUGCAUGAUGCUAUGACGUCUAAUACCUCUGAAACAUUACUUUCACAUGAGAAACCUUUGAAAGGGUUAAUGUUAUGAACAUGUGCUAGAUGCAAGAAAUUAGUUAUAUAGAUGGAGAAGCAUAUUUAGGUAAACUGGGUAAUUAUUGCUGAUAUAAGCUAUUAAAUAAAGCAAUAAAGAAUAUUUGUGUUUGUAAAUAAGCAUUAAUAAUUAUCAUACUUCAAAUAUAUUUUAAAACUUCACUGUGUAAUAAAUACCUAUUUUGAAAUAAAUUUCACUUCCUAUCAAGAAAGAGAAAUCUGCUUCCACUACUCUGAUAAUGUAUCAGCUAUGUGAGAUCAGGCAAGCUUUUAAUAAUAGUUCUGAAGUUUUGUCUGUAAUCUGUUAAAAAGUAUUGUUAUAAGUUCAAUUAUAAAUUCUUUUAAUGAAUAAGAUAUUCUAGCUGGUCUAGGAAAAAUAGUCAUAACUGUUGCAAGCUAUUUUCUAUUCUGUAUGUCUGCAGUUGUAAAUUAUUACUAAUCACAUGUCUGCUUUGAGUAAAGAAAUGAAAUACCAUCUUCCUGAUGUGUUCUUUCUUUAAACACAAUAUUUUGAUUUUUAUAUAGUUUGCUUUUUGUGCAGUUUAAUUUUAAAUAUAUUUAUUUGUCUCUAUUAGAGUAAUUGGGUACAGGAAACAAAAACACUUCAAGCAGCAACGUUCUUUACAGAGUGGAAAAGUGCUUGUAUUUUCCAAUAAACUAGUUCAAAAUCA